AUGGCGGUGCGCUUCCCUCUUUCGGCUUACAUCCGGUGCAUAGAUCGAUGGCAAUUACUGGUGACUUUGGAACUUCAGGACGACACUAGACUCCGAAUAUUUCUCAGUUUCGGAAUUGUCAGCAUCCCGGCAGCUUGCUUCAAAUAUCAGCAAAUCGAGGAUUCGAGAGUCUUCUCUCAAAGAUACUUCGAGUUCCUGGAUUACUUUCAGCCCCAACAAGGCCCAAUAUUUCUCGCCCUCUGUGGAGAAUCCACAUGCGGCGGCGGAUAUCAAAGAACAGCUGUAGGAGCUCUAGCUAAGUCACUAGGAGCGGUAGUCGUGACAAUUGAGCAUCGGUAUUACGGACAAAGCUAUCCCUUUCAAAACUUCUCUUACAAGAACCUCAAGUAUCUCACAACACAGCAAGCUUUAUAUGAUUAUGCUCUCUUUAUCGACUAUUAUGAGAACUUGGUUAAUCUACAAUAUAACAAGCAAGGCAAGAAUCCAUGGAUUGUUGUGGGAGGUUCAUACGCAGGUGCCCUGAGUGCUUGGUUUAGACUGAAAUUUCCGCAUUUGGUCGUUGCAAGCUGGGCAAGCUCAGGUGUGGUCGAAGCUGUGCUGGAAUAUAGUGCUUACGACGAACAACUCAGAGAUGAUGAUUUCCUGUCAUUGGUAGCAGACAUUGCCGCUGGUUUUAUGGCAUAUGCACGUAUUGGUGGAGUAGAUAGCUCCUCCAGUGACUCUUACGAUGCAUAUGAACUGAGAAGACAAGCUGAAGCAAACGAUAUCAGCGCUAAAGACACUAUGAGCUGGAAUUACCAAAUUUGCACAGAAUUAGCUUACUUCCAAGUUGCCCCUACCAACGACAGCAUUCGAUCAUCACGUUCUAGAAUUAUCUUUCUGAAUGGCUCACAGGAUCCGUGGCAGCAUGCAUCGAAGACGACAUUUUCUCCAGGAGGAUCACCCAGGUGCCAGGAGCUAAUGAAGGCCCACACCUACAUAUCUUUGUACAUGAAGGAGUGGCAGAUCCACCGGCAGCAAGACGCUCUUGCUUCGCUGCUUUGUGGAGUUCCCCUCUCUCUCGCCUUGUCCUCGGAUCUCCAAGAAGAACGCCAUUGUAGCGUGACGGCUCCCCUGGCGUCUCCACACACCUUGACGACGCCCAAGUUUCCGAUGGAGUCCUGCGCGCCCAUCCGAGGCGCCGACUCGGAACUUUCAGUGGAGCGUUCAAGGCUUGGUGCCUUGACUGCGUGGUUUGGACUUAAAUUUCCGGACUUGGUCGUUGCAAGCUGGGCAAGCUCAGGUGUCAUCAAAGCUGUGCUGGAAUAUAGUGCUUACGAUGAACAACUCAAUGACGUUGACUUCCUUUCUCUUGUAGCAGACGUUGCAGCUCCUUAUGUGGCAUAUGCAGGCAGAUGGGGAAUAGAUUCCUACGAUGUAUAUAAACUGAAUAAACAGGCUGAAGUAAACGAUAUCGAUGCUAAAGACACUAUGGGCUGGUCCUAUUAA